AUGAAACUAUAUUCUAGAUAGCUCAGGCUAGACAUAUCAAGCACAUAACUGUUAAUGCCCCUAAUAGAGGCAUGGAGUAAUCUUUGGUUUAGAGGAUUUUAGACUAGACUAAUCAUUCUUCUAAUCUAGACAGCUUUACAUUUAAGUUAAAUUUCACUAAAAAAGAAUAUGAUUAGAUUAAUGGAUUAGAGUAAAUUAAUGGACUAGAGUAAAUACUGUAACUAACUUAAGAAACAAAAGUAUUCUUUUCAAUUAAAGCAGGAGAGUUAAAUAAUUUAAAAAUUUUAAAGAACUUCUUAACAAAGUACUCUUGUUUAACAGGACUAGAAUUAAUGCAUAAUUAAGCCUAUGAAUUAAGCAACCUCUUGGAAGAAAAUCAUUUUAACAUGCUAGCUGUGUUGUAAAAACAAGAAAAACUUUAGAACUUCAAACUCACUACUAAAAAUGGUUCCCUUUAGAAUUAUAUAGUUCUUUACGAAAAGCUUGCUAUUAUGA